UGUCUAAACGAUCCGAGCGAGUAGGCAAGAACAACCCGGCGUCCAGGCGGAGAGAGACUCAAGGGCGGCGCCGGGAGGCAGGGGAAGCGGCUGGCCAGGGGCGGAGUUGGCCCGCCCUCCCCGGGCGGAGAGAGCGCUAGGAAGGUGCCGCGCCGUCUUGCAAGCGGCCACUUUGAAAAAAAAAAAGAAAUGCCUCCGCCGUUUGGGCAGCCGAGGCGAGGGCGGUCGGCGAUCUCCCCAGCCUGCCGCCGCGACGCGCUAAGAUGAAAAACCUCGAUCCAAGCCUUUGCCCAUCCAUCCAUCUAUCCAUGCCCCGAUCCGGCUAGAAAUGUUGGCUUCCUGCCUCUUGGUGGCCCUGCUUUGCCCGGGCUUUUGGGGAACCGACCCGUGGGCGCGCAAACUAGCCGGGGAAGAGUCGGGAGGAGGAGGAGGAGGAGGAGGAGGAAGAAGAGGAGGCGUCGUCGGGGAGCCGUGGUGCCCUUACAAGGUGCUGAGCGAAAGCGGACCUGGCCGCCUUUGCUUCCGCAGCCCGGCGCUGGGUUUCCAAUGCGCUCCGGAGCGCUGCACGGCUCAUCGCUCGCCCGGACGCGCCUUGCUAGCCAACGUCCUCCGCAACGGCAGCGUCUUGCUGCAGUGGGCCUGGCCGGCCGAUCGCCUGCCUCCCUUGCGUGGCUUCGCCCUCUCCUGCUCGUGGGAAGGCGCCUACACGCGUUUCCAGUGCGACAGCGUGCGGCUGGGCACCGCCUGCCGGGAUUACAUGCUGGCCGACGCGCACGGCAGCGUCCGCUACCGCCUCUGCCUCCAGCCCCUCUUCGCCGACGCCAACCGGAGCGGAGCCGAGCCGGCCGACUGCGUGGAGUUCACCGUGGAGCCGGCCGGCAUGCGGGACAUCGUCAUCGCCAUGACGGCCGUCGGGGGCUCCAUCUGCGUCAUGCUGGUCCUCAUCUGCCUCCUCGUGGCGUAUCUCACCGAGAACCUCACGCCCUCCUCGGCUAAGCGGGGUAAUUGAGCCCCGUCGGAUCUGCAGGGAGGACCUUCCUUCGGCAACUUUGGGGCAGCCGGAUUUCAGCCCUCCUUCCGAGCUGGACCCGGACUACAAAUCCCGCAAGUCCCGGCCGGUGCUGAAAACGCGCAUGGAGAGGCUGAGGCAUUCUGGGAGCCGUAGUUUGGAGAGGGCUUACAGAUUGACAAGAGUUGGAAGGGUCAUCUAGUCGGACCCUCUUCCCUAGACCUGCCUACACCAUUUCUGACCAAUGGCGGUCCAGUUUCUUCUCUAAAAGCCUCCGGGGGGGAUGAACCUCCCACAACUUCAGGAGCUCCAAGAUGACUUUUUUUUUUCCUCCCCCUCCCGAAAUGAAGGGUUUCUUCCAUUGAGGAUUAAAUCCCGAGCCUGGGAAAGCUUGGAUCGGAUGGGAGACCACCAGGAGAUCGCAGGAGGGUAGGCUCCCGGAAGACGGCAACGGCAAACCGUUGCUUUGGUAGCGUGGCUCAAAAAAAAAAAAAAAAAAAAACCUUUGCCUGGGUGCGUCCGUCACUUUGAGCCGGGGAGUUGAGCUGAACUAAAUUUCAUAUUUGCCUUUUUUUUCUUUUUUCUUUUUUCUUUUGAGCGAUGAGAAAAUUCUAGACUGUCCUAGACUGAAGGGGACGACGAGGGCUGCUUUCUGACUUACAGCUGGCUCUUCGCCUGGUCCUCCGCAGUUACCUGGCGUUCGUCUGGGGUGGGGGCAUGACUUCUCUUGAAAGGUGUGCGGGAGUUGAUCUAGAGGUGAAGUGCCCUGAUGAUGGCGGGCCAAACUUUUCAGCUGAGGGUUGGAUUAUAAGCAAGUUUGGGAGAAUCCGUUGGGAAUAAGAGCAGUGUGCCAAAUUUCCUGUAGCGCGGUGCAAAUUUUCCGUGUGCGGAGAUUGCUGGGCUCGAACCCAGAAGCUGGUGUGUGCGCAGGGGAAAAAAAAAGCCUCUUCCUGAAACCGUCUUCAGACUGUCCCAGCCACGUGCAUUUGAAAAGCCUUCGUCGGAAUUUGAAUCAAUCCGGAACCUCCAUUUUGGAAUCUGGAUGUGGAUUUAUCCCGUGCCAGGGAAAGCUGAUCAUUCCUUGGGCUGCAGCUAUAUGUAGCAAUUUCCCCCGUUUCCUUGUGUUUCUCCAAUUAUCUUACCUUCAACCCUUCAGUAAACGCUCCACUUUCUCUCUAUCCCCCCCCUUUUUUUUAAUUAAGUUUCAGGCUGACUAGACAAAGAUACUGAAUUUCCUAGCUUCAACUCCGUUUCAGAGAGUAUAUAUAUAUAUCUCGUUCCGAGAGAUGAAUUUGAGAAAUUGAAAUGUUUUGACGGCUGGUUUAGAGAGGAUGAUGGGUGCUUAGAAACACGUGCUUAGAUGUUGCUGUUGCUGAUGAGAAUAACAUCCGUUUCUCCCUGGAUCAGUGCUCCGGAGAAAAAUGGUCAAAUUUGUGUUGAAAUAGUUUAAAUCCAUUCUCUUGAGGUGCCCACUGUGCAAUCCUAUGCAUGCCUACUCAGAAGUAAACUUCAUUAUUCAAUGAGUUUACUCCCAGGUAAGUUUAUAUUCGGUUGCAGUUGUGACCGUUCAGUUAAGUAUGCUUGGAUACCUAUUCAUGUGCUUGUGUGGGUGUGGAAUUGAAUAUACUGUGAAAUAUUAAUCAACGUGGAACAUAAAUACUGAGCAAAGUAGGCUUAUGGCAUAAAAGUGGCAAUUACAAGUCUGGUCAAUUUCAGCUGUAAUAAACAAAAGCAUUUAUUAACUUAUAUCCCAGUUUUUCUACCAUCAGGGACCCCAGAUGACUAACAGGAAAAAAAGAGAAGAAAAUAUAAGCAAUUAAAAACCUGUGAAAAUAACAUUAACAUUCCUCUUUGGCUUUAAUCUGAGCAGUUUUAAUAUUAUUCCCUUAUUGACAGUCCUGACUAAUACCCUAAGUGUGUUAUGCAGAUCCAACCUAAUGUGUUUUAUUUAAUAAUUUAUGGUUAAGCAGUUUUGUGAAUCCAGAAUUCUAGCUGUAGCUUUGAUUUUCAGCUGGGGAUAGCUUUUAGGACAUUUUUAUAAAAUCGCAGACCAGCUGCUAGCUCUUCCAAAUAAAUAUAAAUAUAUAUAUAAAAUGAGAAAUUGUUACCGUGAAAGAAGAAAAUCAACUUUGUAACGAAUGACAAAGUGGGUUUCCGGAUGAAGAUGUCAACAUUUCACCACCGUAGGCAGUUUCUUGCUUUGACUUCCAUUACGCCCCCUCCGUGUUGACAUCCGAGUGCAAAACUGAAAAGAAAUAAAAUUAAAAUCAGGACCAACCCAAGACAUUCUACUGCCAGAAGCAAAGGGACGAAUAGUAGGAGUGAUGUUUGGUUUGUGUGUGUAUAUGUGUUUUUUAAAAACACUGAUUCAUUCUAUAGCCUUUUUAUUCUGUCUCCAGAUAAAAGGCUGACAGCAUGAUUACUAUUUUUAAAAAUGCAGUUUCUACCAGUUAGUUUUACAAUCUAAAACAACCCGGAAGAAAAACAAGAUGAGCAGGGGAGUGGGGGGAAAAUAAAAAUGUCAAGUUAAAUGUUAGAAGUGCCGGAUGGAACUACUAAUUUUUCAGUUGGCUGCUAGGCAGGAUGUUUAAGGGCUCUGAAAAACUGAGAUUAUGCCACAGCUUUGAAUUCUAAGAAGUAAAUUCUACAACACUUGUGUCAGAUUGUCCUUCUCUGCUCUACCCCACUUGCUUCUGUGAUAGCUCCAAUGUAACCAAGCUAUGUUAAUCAUAAUUCUGUGCCUUCAGGCUGAAUAUUGUCCCCUGCUCUUCCCAGUUAUUGUUCUACAGGAUUAACCAAACACCUCCAUUACUGUAAUCGCUUUCACUAGGCGAGUUUGUGCACUUUUAGAUUUGAUGUCCACUGAUUCUUUCCCCUUGGGUUCCCAGUGGAAACUAAGGCACCCCAACAAAUGUGUUGAGUUAUUUGUUUUUAUUAUGGUUGCUGCUAAUUGUUUUUUUAAAAAAUAAAUGCUUUUGAGGAGCAAGGUUUUUCUUUGUCACCGUGCAACACGAAAGAAUGGGUUGAGAGCUUUGUAAAGGAAAGAAGUUCACUGCCUCCCAGGCUUUUCCAUCAAGAAACAAAUAAAAGUGGAUUAAAAACA